AUGGCCAGGGACCUUGACGGGGUGCGGCUGCCGAAACAGGCGGAGCGGUUCAUCCACGGCCAGUCCCGAAUGGAUUGGCAGGAGAAGGACGUGCUCGUCAUCGACGAAGUGAGCAUGCUCGGAGCACGGACGCUGCACGCCGUAAACGAGCAGCUCCACCGGCUUCGAGGAUCGAAGGAAGAUUUCGGGGGGAUCCCUAUCGUCCUCUUCUGCGGAGACUUCCACCAGUUCCGGCCGGUCCAAGAGAGGGCGGAGCAGCGUCACCAGCACGACAAAGCGCACGCACUGUGGAAGAGGUUCACGACGGUCGUCAUGCUGGACGAGCAGAUGCGCGCCGCCGGGGACCCGGAGCUGCAGAGGCUGCUGAAGCGGAUCCGUCUAGGAGUGCAGGAUCGCACGGAUCUGGAUCUCCUCAACUCAAGGUGCUACCGGGAGGACAGGCGGAUCCCUUGGGAGACGGGCAUCACCGUAGUGACGCCGCUCAACAGGAAUCGGUGGAACCUGAACAUGGAGGCGACCUUGGCGUUCCGGGUCCAGCAGCGAUCAAUGAUGCGCAUCUUCAUCUCCGAGCACAAGUGGAAGGAGGAGCUGCCGACGGAGGAAGAAGCAAUCAUGAUGCUCAACCAGGGCGAUGAUAGCGCGAUCCCGGUGCCGGCCGUCUUCAUGUUCGUGGCCGGGAUGCCGGUCGUCGUAAACCACAACACCCACCAGGGGCUGAAGGUGGUGAACGGCGCCAGCUACUCGGCGGUGGAGGUCAUCAUCGACAAGGCGUACCCGGGACAUCGGAUCUCGGCCGACAUGACGAUCCACUUCGGGCCGCCGGCAGGGAUAAUACUGGAAUCGGCGACGACAAGGGACCUCCACUUCGUCGGGAUGCCGACGGGCACGAUCUUGUUGACGCCGAUGAGCGUUAGGAUAUAUCGCCAACGGAAGCGGCCGUGGCAGCGGAGCGACGUCAGCCGGAAGGGUUUGCCGUGCGCAGCAGCCUUCGCGUGCACGGACUACAAGGUGCAGGGCCGAACGCUGGAGCGUGUGGCCCUCGAGCUGCGAGGGACGCGGACGACGAAGGUCGACGGAAGGCCCGUGGCCGCGCAGUGUGACCCGUACAGCCUGUACGUGCAGCUAUCACGCUGCCGAACGCUUGACGGCAUCAUGCUCGUCUCCAAGGUGCGGGAGAGGGACUUGGUGGGCAACCGGGUCCCCGAGGAGAUGAAUGCCGCGCAGGCCAGGCUCGAGGUACUGAGCGAGAGGACUGUCGAGGAGGCGUCGCGCUGGUUGGAUGGGGGGAUGGUGAAGAGUCAACAAGGCGGCGGCGCUGGGCGACGUGACCAUGGGGCCGGCAGGGAAAAAGGUGGGGUAGAGGUCUAG